AUAUUGUCAUGGUGGGUGCCCAGAAAGACUACUCCAGCUAUAAUGACGUGUGGAUUGACCCCGAAGCGUUUUGCCACAUCCUAGAAAUAUACCAGUUCCCUGCAAUGUUUAAAACCGCAGAUCUGCUGGAUGCCUUUACAGAUUUCAGUGAGAAAGGAGUGGAGAUCCACCUGGUGGACAGAACACAUGCCUUGGCAGUUUUCUCUUGCAAGUCAGCCGCACUCCACGCUCUUUCCUUAAAGCACCCACUAAUAAGAGUGAGAAGGUUGUCGAAUGGAACAAAGAAAUCAAAGGGGAAAGCCCUGAAGCUUGCAGAGCUCCUCCAGCCCGUGAAUAUGAGGAUGCACUUGGAUAAUGCAGUCACCAAAACGCAGCACAGCUGAAGUUUACACAGGGUCUCCCGAGUGUUUCCUGCUAUCAGUCACCAGAGGGGUCGAGUACACACC